AUGGAACUAUACAUAUAUUUAUUCAUAAUAAGUUUAGUUUUAACACCUGUUGAACCACUUUUACCUGAACCAAGAUACGGACAUUCAAGUACAUUAGUUGGUACAAAAUUAUAUUUCUUUGGAGGAUUAGGUUCAGGUUCAGAAAAUAAUAGUUUAUCCACACAAACAUUUUUUUUAGAUGUUUCAAAACCAUUCAGAAUAGAUAAUCCACCAUGGACAAUCGUACAAUCACCUAUUCCAGUAGGAAUAUCACAAGCACAAUCAUUCGCGGGAGGUAAUUCAAAGGAUCAAAUAUUUCUUUAUGGAGGAGAAAGAAAAAAUCCAACAAAUUUUUCCCUCAUUUAUGAUAAUAUAAUUUAUUUAUUUGAUACGAGAACUCAGUCAUGGAAUAUACCACCUAUUGGAGUUGUUCCAUCAUUAAGAAGAAAAAUGCAAAUUCCUGUUGAUAAUAAUGGUGAAGCAUAUUUAUUUGGUGGUCAAGAUGAAUAUAAUGUAUUUAAAGAUAUGAAUAUAUUUGAUUCAAUUAAUUUAAGAUGGAGUUUAAAUAUUUCAGCUAAUGAUUUCACUACACCACGUCAACGUAGUGAUUAUACGGCUACACUAUUAAAGAAUG